AAAAUUAUCUCAAGAACAAAAGAACUCAUAUGAGAGUGACUUGAACGAUGGAAACAAUAGUACUGAGAAAAAAAAUAAAUACCAUUCUAAAGGAGUGGAAAAAAAGAUAAGGGUUUUAUAUACAGGAGAUGUUAUAUUGGGGUUAUCUAUUUGUUAUUGUAUUGUAUUCAUUGCAUUUAAUGGAAAUAAUGAGGAAAUUAUAAGUCAUGAUUCUCUGGAAGUAAUAUUUGAGCGUAGUGGUGGUUUUAAUGGACAGUAUAAGGAAGAAACCAUAGAUGUUUGCUUUGACGUGAAUUAUAAUUCUGAAGAAUAUAUAAAUAUUAUUACUUAUACAAAUAAAAAUAUAUUUCAUAAAUCAUAUUAUAUAAGAAUAUUAUAA